GACUCUAGCAGUAUAACAGUGGCAGACUCGUGCACAAUUCCGGAUAAGGGAUUGAAGAAUACAACAGUCGCAGAAGUACUAAUGACAAAGGGGGAAGAAAAGGUGGGAUCUUGGCUCUGGUGUCGCUCAAAUGACGCAGUCUACGAUGCUGUGAAGCAAAUGGCACAAAACAAUAUAGGAUCUUUGGUGGUACUAAAGCCAGGACAGCAACAGCUAAUUGCAGGAAUUUUUACAGAAAGAGACUAUUUGCGGAAGGUAAUUGUGCAGGAUAGAUCAUCUAAAUAUACGAAAGUUGGGGAAAUCAUGACUGAUGAGAACAAGCUGAUAACAGUAACAUCAGACACAAACAUUCUGCAAGCAAUGCAGCUGAUGACUGAGAACAAUAUACGACAUGCCCCGGUGAUAGAUGGAAAAAUAGUAGGCAUGAUCUCGAUUGUGGAUGUUGUUCGAGCAGUAGUGGAGCAGCAGCAUGGAGAAGUGAAGCGACUGAAUGAAUUUAUUCAGGGAGAUUACUAUUAAAAUCUGAACAAAUGAUAAAAGCAUUUGCCUCAAAUGUUUGAUUCAGUUUUUAACGUGAAUACAUUGUUUUAUAAUUG